CGAUUCAAACAAAGUCAACAGUCAGCUGGUAGGUAACGAAUGAAAACAUUACAAAUAGUAGGUACAGUACAAUGUCAUAAAACACACAAGUGAAAGUCUUUGUCUUCCUAAAUAAAGUAACUUUAAUCAGUUAAAGAUCAUAUCAACGCCAUAUAACCAUGUACUCAGCUUAAUAAGUCGAAAUAAAAAUAAACAAAUAGCCAUAAUAACAAAAAUAUAACCUCAAAACCUGUGAAGUAAUAAUAGAGAAAAUGUUGAAAGUUUUAAGAUUUGCAGCGACUGCGGUGUUGUUGUUUACAGCCUAUUUCGGCGAUGUAAUAGUGUUUCGGUCGAGAUAUUCAAACUCCUUGCUAUUUCGGGCGAUUUGCGACGUUUUAGUGCAUGGAAGUUUAGGGUUUUUUUCUUCAAUAAUUUUUUUUAGUAUUGAUAAUAAUUAUUUCUCACUGGAAUAUGAUGGGACGCUACAUAUAGUUCUAUGCACAUUUUUCUCGUCCAUUAUCGAUAUUGAUCAUGUUUUCGUGGCUAAAUCGAUAUAUUUGAAGGAUAUGGUCAACUUGAAACACCGAGGUGUAUUCCACUGUACAACAUUUUGGCUUGCGCUGACUGCGUUACUACUUCUUUACAGUUAUAUAAAAAAAAGAAUAGAAGUGUACAUGUUCAGUUUCAUGAUCGUCCUUGCAUACAUCACACAUCAUCUGCGGGAUGGAACGAGACGAGGAAUAUGGCUGUACCCCUUGGGAUCAACGCCACCUGUUGAUAAAAAGUUGUACUAUUUCAUACUAGGCACUUUUCCGCAUGUCAGUGCCAUGUUGUUUAAAAGAUAUAAACGGUAUUUUAAUUAUCCUACUUUAGAAGACACUUUCACUGUAUAAUUUAUUUGUAGACACAGGAGUGUAUGUGUAGACACAAUUUUCAGUAGUCAAAUGAUCUUCUAGUUUAUUUGAAGUCUCGACAUAGAUAACGACAAAAGGUGGUCGCUAAAUCGAUAACUUCUUUAUUGUAGAUUUCAACCUUAUCUUUUUGGAUUUAGUUGAAAAUUUGUUCGUGAUAAUAUUUAUUAUUCUUUAUUCUAUGCUGACUUAGCGAUCAAUUUCUGUCGUAAUUGCUGUCGAGACUCCAGUCCAUUUUUAUAUUACCUAAUUGUUUAUUGGUUUGAUUGAUACUGAAAGUGUAAUAUAUGAACUGUAAUAUUGAAUAAAAAUUGUGAUUCACAAGGGAGCUUAAUGAUAAAUACUAGACAAUUUCAUAAAUACUGCAUUUUUUGGUAAUGAAUUCAUUCAAAAAUUAUUUGCACCUACCUGUUUUGAAUUGCAUAGCUGGGUUUUGAAUCAAAGAUCUCAAAUUCUCAAAUUAGAAGUAGUAUAUUUUGCAAUGUUUGAAUCAAAUUAGUCAAUAUAGAAUAUUAUGUUGUUGCUUCUUAAUAUUAUAAAUAAGUUUAAAUAAUUAAAAAAUAACAAACGCAAGAUUUUAAAUUGUAGUUUGUUAAUGUGUGUUUAAUUCAGGGUUUGCCCUCUUGACAUUUAUAACUGUACUCUACUGUAAACUGUAAAAGAAAUAUAAAAUUUGAUUCAAACAUUGCAAAAUAUGUUUGAAUCAAAUUAGUCAAUAUAGAAUAUUAUGUUGUUGCUUCUUAAUAUUAUAAAUAAGUUUAAAUAAUUAAAAAAUAACAAACGCAAGAUUUUAAAUUGUAGUUUGUUAAUGUGUGUUUAAUUCAGGGUUUGCCCUCUUGACAUUUAUAACUGUACUCUACUGUAAACUGUAAAAGAAAUAUAAAAUUUGAUUCAAACAUUGCAAAAUAUGUUUGAAUCAAAUUAGUCAAUAUAGAAUAUUAUGUUGUUGCUUCUUAAUAUUAUAAAUAAGUUUAAAUAAUUAAAAAAUAACAAACGCAAGAUUUUAAAUUGUAGUUUGUUAAUGUGUGUUUAAUUCAGGGUUUGCCCUCUUGACAUUUAUAACUGUACUCUACUGUAAACUGUAAAAGAAAUAUAAA